AUUCCGCACCAGUCUUCCUCCGACUUUGUCGCCACCUCUCUGUCUCUGACUCGCAGGAAAACUCGGACUUUUAUACCGGGGCUAAAUUUAGGGGGCUGGUCGGUGCGUAGUGUCCCCAUCCUGGACAAGCUUCCUUCCCCCUGCCUCGCAUUGGUCUGAUUUUUUGCAGCAAUAUUUAUAAGAAAAGUAGCUCCUUCCAGAGGCACAGCUGCACAUGAGUGAGGAACAGCAGCUCAUCAGUCAGCAGAAGAAACGACGCGUUCUGUCGCUUUUUUUCCUGGAGAGUCAGCGGACCAGAGACUUUCUUUACAACAAAAAGAAGUCCCUUUUCUCAAUCACUGAGGAUUUUUUUCAGCUUUAUAAAAUUACACACAGAAAUGGCCUUGAGUGGGACCAUUUUACCCUCAAUCUCUACGUUUGCUAACCAAAAGGAGAAAUGUUGGGAAGAUAGGUGGAAGGGCGAUAUGGGCAGCGCGCACGACAUGGAGAGCAGCUGCCUGGGCAGAAAAGACGAAGAGGACCUGGAUAAGUUCUUGGAUCUUGAAUUUAUUCUCGCAAACACGGCCGGCUCCGACAGUCCCCCAGUCAGCGGGACGGUAGCAGAGUCUUAUCGACUUCAGGACUCCGUUGCGUCCGUGUAUCACCAGCAGCCGCCGACCAGUUACACCACCGUCCCAGACAUGAACAGCCCUCCACCUCCCUACAACAGCCUGAUGGCGGAGCUCCUUCGCUCCGACGUCGAUACCGGCUUCCUCCCCGGCGGCAGCCCCACUAUCCAGGGGAGAUUCUUGAUUAGCUCGGCGUCUUUCCAGACCACUCAGGACUUAUUCCCCGAGCACCCGAACAUUAAAGUUGAGCCAGUUUCAAUGGACACGUACGGACCUGUGAUGGGUCUGGUGCCUCAGAGCUGCACUAAAGUCAAGCAUGAAGGAAACGUCUCUUGCAUGAUGUCCUACGAGCAGCAGCCGCGGCAGGCCAACUCCCCGCAGGCCGCGAUGGGCAGCAUGACCCCGCCGCUCAGUCCGGCCGACCUGAUGAGCUCCGAGUGCCAGCAGCCCCAGAUGUGCAACUCGACCUCGCUGCCAUUCCCGCAGCGGUUCCAUCCGCACCACCGCAGCGCGCCAGGGGGAUUUACUCAUCAGCACUCCGGGAUUCAGCUCCCCUUCCCCGGCGCGCACCACCAUCACCAGUUCCCCAGUAUCUUCGUCGAGGACGCGGCCAUGGGCAUGCAGCAGCAGCCGGCGUCCGGCCAACGGGUGCUGCUCACCCCGCCGUCCUCCCCGCUGGAAAUGAUGGACACCAAGCCAAAAAGGGGUCGCCGGUCCUGGCCAAGGAAACGGACUGCGACUCACACCUGCACUUUCAGCGGCUGUGGAAAGACCUACACCAAGAGCUCCCACCUGAAGGCGCACCUCAGAACGCACACAGGAGAGAAACCGUACCACUGCAGCUGGGAGGGCUGCGGCUGGAAGUUCGCUCGUUCCGAUGAGCUCACACGCCACUUCAGGAAGCACACCGGGCACCGGCCAUUCCAGUGUCACCUGUGUGAACGUGCCUUCUCCCGAUCUGACCAUCUGGCUCUGCACAUGAAAAGACACAUGUGAUGAGAGUUCCGAGAGGCAUAAAUGGAACAGAUAAGGACUUGUAUGCACCGCAUCAACCCGAUGAUGAGAGCUCUAGUAAUCCCGUGGUCAGCUAUAGAUGGAUGAAGAUAUAGGCCAGAUGCAACUUCCUAUAGAAGUAUUAACUGUAGUGGUACCAUGGCAGGUUAAACUGCCAUACAAUAUGAUGAGGCCACUAUUGACUACACUGUAAUAUCUACAUGUGUAUCAUAUGAAUAUUAUAGUGAUUUUUCAUUAAGUCUAAUUAAGCAUCAAGAUGAAGUGUCCUUAUAUAAAGCUAUAUUUUGUAAAAAAAAAA